AAAGAGCUGAGCUAUUACAGUUUUAUUCAGUGAUUGAAGUUAAAAUGAUGCAUCGAAGCAGCAUUUCGCUUGAAAAAAAGUUAUUAAUGAUUAACAAAGUUAAUGAAGGAAAGAAAAAAAAAAGAUAUUGCCAAUGAAUUCGGAGUUCUUCCCAGCACUUUAUCAAAUAUUUUAAAAAAUAAGGAAGUGAUUUUAAAAAAUGCGGAGGAUUUGGCAGUAAAUACCAAACGCAAAAGACUUCGACCUUGCCAUUUUGAGGAUAUUGACGAAGCAAUGCUGAAAUGGUUACUCGUUGCUCGUGGUAAGAAUCUCCCUUUAUCUGGACCAUUAUUGAAGCAAAAGGCCAAAGAUUUUGCGGAAGCACUAGGACACCACGAAUUUGAGGCAAGUACAGGUUGGUUAGACAAGUUCAAAAGUCGGCAUGGCGUUAUUCAAAAGACAUUAUGUGGGGAAAGUGCUGACACCAACAUAGAAAACCGUGAUGAAUGGGUGACGAACGUCUUACCGAAAUUAAUUGAAAAUUACAACAUUAACGACAUUUUUAAUGCCGACGAGACUGCUUUGUUUUUCAAAUGCUUGCCAACUAAAACACUGGCAUUCAAAAAUGAAAAAUGCUUUGGUGGGAAGCAAAGCAAGGAGAGAAUAACUGUCCUGGUGGGAAGCAAUAUGACUGGAUCAGAAAAGCUAAAAUUGCUGGUAAUCGGAAAGGCCAAAAAUCCGAGGUACUUCAAGGGAAUAAAAUCUUUAGGUGUCGAUUAUGAGUUUAACAAAAAAGCAUGGAUGACCAGUGAGAUUUUUACGAAAUGGAUUGUAAAACUCGACAAAAAAUUUUGUGAUCAAAACAGAAAGGUGUUGUUUUUUGUUGAUAACUGCACUGCCCACCCUAAAGAUGUAAGAGACAAGUUGAGAAACAUUCAUCUCGCUUAUUUUCCUCCCAACAUGACUUCGUUACUGCAACCAAUGGACCAAGGCAUUAUCUACAACAUGAAACAACAUUACAGAAAACGAAUUUUAACGAAUAUAUUGACUCAAGUGGAUGAGGGAAAUUCUGUUAUGGCCAUAGACUUGCUGCAAGCAGUUCGAAAUCUUAGCAAUAUAUGGAAUGUCUAUGUUAAACCAGAAACAGUUGCCAACUGUUUUAAAAAGGCUGGAUUUUCAAAAGAUGUUAUGCAGAUUCCAUUUGAGCAUUGGGAUGAAGAGGACCUUCUUUUAAUAUCGGAUUAGGCCGCUUUACAGUCUUCAUUUAAAAAAGUAGCAAAUAUCGAAGCAUCGUUUGAUGACUACGUAAAUGUUGAUAAUGGUGUGCAGACUUGGGACAAACCAUCCGAAGAAGAUAUUCUCAACAGCAUUUUUGAAAGUCGCGGAGUUCCAGCUGAACCUGAUAACGAUGAACACGAUUUGACCGUUGAAGAAUUGGCAGAAACUGAGGAGGCAUUACCUACGUUGAUACAAGCUGCUUCAUCCAUUAGCGUAAUUAGAGCCUUUGUGGAAAUGAGGAGUGACGUGCCGAUUAAUGUUUUCAACUCUCUACAUGAUUUGGAAGCUUUUA